AGUAGCCUGUCAUUCGGAGCGGCUUUUGUCCAGAAUAGUCCAGAUAUUCCAGCCUCUGCCCCGAAAGGCGACAUGUCUCGGUCCCAGAAGCUGCGUUUGUUCGUCACUCAGCGCCUGAACGCGGCGGUCGAGGAGAUUUUGGCGGCUUUUGAGGAAACCAUCAUGAAGUACGAAGAGGAAGCCGCUCUCAGCCAGCAGGUGAUUUCCCGCCAACACGCGCUGCUCUGCGCCCUGGACAAGUCCGUGAUGGAGGCACCGGCCGCAGAUGUCUUCACACAGCAGCUGCUGGAUCCCAGAGACGACCUGCUCCUGACCCGACUGGACCAGAACCCAGACCAGAACCUGCUCACUGAGCCUUCCUGCCAUGUUGAGGUUAAACCCGAGGAGACUCUCCCCGCUCUGGACGCGGCGGAGAUCAUCGAGUUCACCUACAGCUCCCGGCCGUCUGCGCGGCUACGCAAUGGCGUCCACCCCGUGGCUGACCUGGACCCGGACGUCCAGGUUGUGUUGUCGUCGGAAACCGAAGACAGCGAUGACUACAGCAAAGGCUCGCCUGAACCCGGGUCAGCUCCUCAGGAACGGCCGAGUCAGCAUGGCGACGUGUUCAGCUGCCAGGCCUGCAGUCGCACCUUCGGCGCCCGCAGGUUUCUGUUCAGGCACGUCAGAGGCCACCUCCAGGACCCCACGCCGGUCUGCGGUCUGUGUGGGGAGCAGUUUGAGGUCCCUUACGGACUCAAGCUUCACCUCCAAACCCACAGCAAGAAGAAGGUUCUGAAGAACCGAAGCAGAACCCAGAGAAGAGCCAGGCGGCUCCAGCAGGUCUCUGUCGCCAAAGAGCCGGAAGCCCAGAAAGAGGAGAACCCAAACCAGACUGGCCUGAAGAAGAAGCCCCGGGGUCGGGCUCGGAGCAACAACCAAGAGCCAGACAGUCAGAAAGUUCUGAAGAAAAUGAAGAGGAAACUCUAAACCUCUAAUCCCAGAUUUUAAUCCAGUUUAUUCCACACUUAUCGACUGGAGCUUGGUUUAUCUUUAAC